AACUCGCUGAAUUUGUCUACCGCAUAAUGGCGAGUCUUCCAAUAUGAACAGGCAUCGUCGCCACGCUAUGACGUAAACACAAAGAACGUGUCCUUCGGAUGAUGCAACCGCUGAAUAUGAACACAGCCCGUGCUUUUAUUUAGACAAGUUCUAUAAAACCUUCAAAACAACUUCCUGUCUAUGAGCGCUGGAAAGUAGGAGGAAAGUUUUUGAAUUUUUAAAGUAGCUUUUUUGAGUUUUAUUUUAAAUUCCUUUUGUUGUUUUUAAUUGUUUUUAUAUUUCAUCCCGUACGCACCAAGAAGACGAGAGAUGAGAAAAGCCAGAGCGGGCGCUGAUGAAGAGUCACCCCGGCAGAAUGGGUCCUCCAGCCGGAGGAGGUCAGAGCAACAAGCGUUUGAAGGAGAGGACCCAGACUCGAUCCCAGGAGGUCUGCAGGACAAUGUCGACGACGACAACGAUCAGGGCCGAAGGAGAGAGAUAAGAAGCAAAUACAGGGACCUCAUCAACUCAGUCCAACAAAACAGGGAAGAUAUGCUGAGUCCCUCCAACAACAAGCUCACAGAAGUCUUAGAAGAGGCAAAUAAGCUUUUUAAAGAGGUGCGACAGGCGAGAGAAGCAGCUCUGGAUGCUCAGCUUCUUGUCGUGGCCACAGACUUGGGAAAAGAGAAAGCCAGCCAGCUGUUUUCUGAGGGCUGCGCGUUUGAUCCCACUGCUUUUGCUGAACACUUGCUGUCCUUCAUGGGUCUCAACCGUCUGGAGGAAGAGGAAGAGAACGAUGAGCUGCAGAAUGGAGGUGGUGUUGAUGGCUUCCUCCCCAAAGACGCCUGGCACAGGCUGGCCAGGAGGACAGAGUGCUGUUUCAAGACUGCACCUACGUUCCACUACAUGAUGGGAUCCUUUUACGCAGAGCCGCCUCCUCCGAAGCAAAAAAGCGAUCGGCAAAGGAAAGCCUCAAGCAAGGAAGUCAAGAGAAUCAUGCCCACUCAGCUUAAGAAAAUGGAAGAGUCUCAUCAAGAAGCAACAGAGAAAGAGGUGGAAAGAAUCCUGGGAUACCUGAAGGGCUAUUUCGAGGAUGACCCUUCACCGAUGUCAUACUAUGAAUUUGUCAUUGACCCCAACUCAUUUUCCCGGACGGUAGAAAACAUUUUCCACACAUCUUUUCUCAUCAGGGAUGGUUUGGCACGGCUGUAUCUGGAUGAUGACAAGUUACCUUGUAUAGAGCCAGUAGAAGAGGAAGCUGGAGCUACAUCCAACCGCAGACAGUGCAUUGUUCCUAUCAGCCCAAAUAUAUGGAGGGAGCUAAUAGAUGUUUUCGAAAUCAGAGAGGCAAUAAUUCAGCCUCCAGAGACACAGAAUGAGUGACGGCGCUUUUUUCUUUCUUAACGGUUUAGGUUUUAUGUGACCAACUUCUUUUUUCCUGAAAUAUUUUGUUGAUGUUUUUAUUAAUAAUAAAUAUCCAUUUAGGAUUUCACAAAUGUUCUUUAUGCCAAGUAAAAUGUUAUUGAAAAGUUUAUUUUU